UGUCCUGUUUACGGUUCCCACAUGGCCUGCUGCCUCCCCUCCCCCACCAUGACUUCUCUCAACAACGCUGCCUAAAUAUGAGAAAGGCAACUCAAGCUGUGCGGUUCGGCCGCGAUGUUAUUUAAAACUGAGCGCUAUCAUGGCAGGAAUACCGAGCCCUGAACUCAGCGAGGAUCCACCCUUUACUCCGGCAAGACAACGCCUCUCAUGAGAAACUCGAGCUCCGGGGAAUUCUUUAUUUUUCGUCUUGUCUGUCGCGCCUCAGAUGUCGCUCCCGGUGGUGCUGCCCGGCUCCUGCUGUCCGUUUACCGGGGCUUCGCACCUCGCAGAGUCGUCGAACAGAAACCGACACCGUGGUUUCUCCGGAUCUUCGCGGAUCAGCGGCCGAGGCUCCCGGCUGCUGCUGCCCGGGCGGCCGCUGCUCUCCCUGGGCUUGUUACAGCUGCUGCUCGGGGGCUCCAUGGUGGCGCUGUCGUUUGGAGCUCUGUCCCUCAGCAGCUCGCCUCCAAUCCGAAACUCCAGUCCGUUCUGGGCAGGCUCCUCGGUCAUUCUGUCCGGCAUUGUAGGCCUCACAACAUGGAGACGACCCAUGCUUCUACUGGUCAAUGUGUUUAUCCUGCUGUCUGUGGUGUGUGUGUUCCUUAAUCUGGCUGGAUUCAUCAUGUGCUGCCAGGGAGCCCAGCUGAUUUCCAGUACAACCAGCUGCCAACUGAGUGAGGCUGGAGAUGUGUGUUACUGCUGCUCUCUCUCCCCCACCUCCAAAUGUCCUGAAGACAAGCUGCUAGAGCUCUAUCCUGCUCACUCCUGCAACACCAUGAGGAUUCUGCUGAAGAAAGUGUUGUUUGCACUGUGUGCUCUGAGCGCUCUGACCACAGCUGUUUGCCUCAUGGCAGCUGCCCUCAGAUACCUACAGAUCUUCACUGCAAGAACACCCUACAUGGAUGAACCCAGAGCCACCGUGGAAAACAUGGAAGAGGCUCCUCAGUCCCAUGACCCAGAUGAGUUUGUGGCCCCAGCCCCUCCUCCAUCUUACUUCUCUACUUUCUGUUCUUACACACCACACCUGUCUCGCCGGAUGCUAGGCAAUAGUGUGAUACCUCUCCUUCAUAUCUAUGGGGCUCGGAUCAAAGGUGUGGAGGUCUUCUGUCCAUUAGACCCCCCACCUCCUUAUGCAGCAGCUGUGGGAAGCUCAGCCAAUGCAGCCACACAGGAGACAGAGCUGAAUCAAGCUGCCAGGCCGCCCGGAGCCUCUGUUCAAGUCUUGGAUAUGAGUCCCCAAAUGGUAUCAGCCUCACCGAAUGUUGUUCAAAAGGCCAAGCCCCAGCCCCAGCUCCAUCCUACUCCUUCUCCUCCUCUUCCUCCUCCUCCACCUCCACCUCAGCAACAGCAGAAAAUGCCGGCACUGAUGUCCUGCAGGAAAAAAAGGAUCUGUCGCUCCAACAGUGACCCGGUGUUGAAUGACCUCUCUGCUAAAGUGUGGAUCAGCAGCGAUGCUCCCCUUGCUCAUCCUCCGCAGACCACAGACUCUUCUACCCAAACCUCCCAGCCCAUGCUGGCUGCUCAUACUCAGGUCACACUGCGAAGGGGCAAAAACAGCAGUAGGACACCACGCCAGCCGCGACCCCGGCCCACCUCCAUGGUUGACUACCAAAGCUAUCAACACACACAGCAUCUGGUCAGGAAAAUCCUGGAGCAGCCAGCUGUCCAGGGCCUGGCCCCUGAGGUCCAGGAGCUGGUAGACAGCAUACGUAAUGUCCUGCAGUCAGAUCAGGAACAUAUGGAAGAGGCUGUCCGCUGCGCUAGUUACAUUGAACAGGUGUUCACUGACUCAAAUACAGGUCCCACUCAGCCAAAACCUCCACAGCAGCCAAGAGGCACUUCCCCCCAGACUUUCCCUCACCUCCCCGAGAAAUGGUCUUGUCUGCUGCACCUUCAGAGCUGCGGCGACCUGAGCUCCUUCAGCUGUGCAGCAGUCAAGUCUCUGGAACACCAAGGAAAAAGUGAAACAGCUGGACUGAGGGGCAGCGCCACAGCAGAUUCAAGGGGCCGAUCCCGCCUGGAUCACUCUGAACGUGCUCACAGUCUGACAGGAGUUUUUAGAGAGACAGUGCUUUGAGGGAAAAUCAUUGGUAACCAAAUGUGUUGGGUGGUGACAGCUGAAUGCUGCUGCUGUUUGAUAGAUAGGACACAGUUCUAAGCCAUGGACUGCAAAUCCAACCACUAUGGAGGAUCUGUGUACAUGAUGUGUGUACAUGAGGUUGUAUGAGUGCAGCUUUUCAAAAACAUUUUUGCUCUACUAAGACUGACUUAGUACCCAGCAUCCAAAGUUUUGUAUGACUUGUAAACAUUUACUCAUAGAUUAACAUUGUAAUGUUUGCAUUUGUUUCAGUCAGUUCAAUACUACGACAGGGGCAAACGCGCUGCAAAUGGCAAAAGCGCUGCAAACACAGGAAUGAUCCAAAACCAAAAACUCACAAACACAAAACACAUGCAAGAAAAAUAUGCUGCAACAGAAACAUGCUGCAAUCACAGAAACGACGCAGAAGCAGACUUGCAAAAUCACAAAACAAAUGCAAACGAAAAAUGCUGCAAAUAUAUAAAAACACACACAAAACCCCAGAACAACCGCAAGAGAAAAACGCUGCAAAUUCAAUCCACAACGGAAGUGCACUAGGUCAAUCGUUUUUCCGUUUCAAAAUAAAAUCUAAAAAAAAAACAAUAAACCACGUUGUUUUUUUGUUUUUCAGUUUUUCAGUUUUUAAAACCUAAAUGUAGAAACGUAUUAUUUAACUAAUGGAAAAACCACAGUGUUGGAUUUUUGCUCUUGCUUUUUAACCUGAAAAUAACAAACUGCUUAUUUGUUUUUUAGAUUUUAUUUUGAAACGGAAAAACAAAUGAGCGAAACAUACACGGAUUGACCUGGUGCACUUCUGUUGUGGAUUGAAUUUGCAGCGUUUUUCUCUUGCGGUUGUUCUGGGGUUUUGUGUGUGUUUUUAUAUAUUUGCAGCAUUUUUUGUUUGCAUUUGUUUUGUGAUUUUGCAAGUCUGUUUCUGCGUCGUUUCUGUGAUUGCAGCAUGUUUCUGUUGCAGCAUAUUUUUCUUGCAUGUGUUUUAUGUGUUUGUGAGUUUUUGGUUUUGGAUCAUUCCUGUGUUUGCAGCGCUUUUGCCGUUUGCAGCGCGUUUGCCCCUGUCGGCCACCGUACAAUACAGCUAUACAGGACAAUGAGAAUUCUUUGACAUGAAUGUGUUAUUUAAGGGUAAGAUGCAUUGGCAGAAACAUUUGCAGAUACUGAUGAAAAUGUAGUGCACUGUUUCAGGAAAUCCUGAGGCCCGGCAGAGCACACUUCUCCAGCCUUCAUGUACCACUCCGUACAAAACAGUGCAGGCAUCAAAGACAGCAGACAUGACAAAAGAUGAAAAGGGUUCGACGUGGGUUGCAAAGUGGUUUACAGAGAAAGCAGUAAUGGUAGGCAGGCUAAAGCAGAUUAAAUAUGCUCUGUACGAGAGUUGCCAAUCAGAUGCAUAGAGAGGAAUCAGCCAAUUUAUCAGGUGUGUGGACUUAAAUGAGAUAAAUUCCUUAUCAGCUGAUUUAAUGGGAUUGUAGCCUGAGCCUGUUUUUGUGGGCUACCUGAACUAACACUAUGCUCGGUUUUAUCAGUCUAUAAGUUCUUCAGUGAGUCUCUGUGGACUAAAUAAUCCUAGAAUAGUAGGAAAAUAUUUGAAGUAUAAUUAAACAAUUAUAGUUUCUUUCUAAUUGCAAAAGUUUUUGCCUUUCCUUUAUUUCCUGAAUUUUACAGUUAUCUGCACACAGAAAUGUUUCACUGCAACCCUCCUAGACCAACACUCUAUUAUGGGUUUUCUGAAAAGCCCACCUUUCUCCCACAGUCUAAUGACAUUCAUGGUAGGUUGCUUUGUGAUUUUAAAUUAGUCAUAGAUGUCAAUGUCUGUGUUUGACUUGACAUGGACUUGCUCUGGAUGUACAAUCUUAAAAGAAAAAUGGAUAGGAAAGCAUUUUUGAACACAAAACAUCUUUUUUAAGGCUCAAAAUUAAGUUUUGUUUAUCCAUCCAUCCAUCCAUCCAUCCAUCCAUUCUCUAUAUACCGCUUUAUCCUCACUAGGGUCAUGGGAAGUUUUGUUUAGUUUCAGUUCAUUUUUUUCAUUUACAAGUUUCAUUUUUCUUGAAAAGAUAGUUGAUAUUAAACCUAAUCCAUCAACAUUACAAUGCAUCUCAAAUCAUUCGACUGUGGUGGUAAAAGGUUCAAUAUUUUUCAGCAGAUCUUGAUCAAAGUGUAUAUUAGAAAGAAACUAUACAUAUAUACAUAUACACAUAUACAUUGGUCGGAGUGUUUCUGCCAGUCAUUUGGUUGUUUGUAGGCCUGAUUGUGACUGAGGACGUGAACCAGUCACUUGGCUAAACUAGUCCUAAUAUGUUUCUGGGAUGUCUGGACAUUGUGGAAUCCAACAAAGAUCUGCUUUCUUGCGACCUGCUGAUUCACAACACAAAUGUCAUACCAUUCUGACAGAUCUGGAAGGUGUCUUCCUUUAAGGUUGAACAUCUGACGUGGUGCCUUGGUGUCUCUGCUCCAUUGGUCACUCAGGACAGUGUCUCCAGUCUGUGACUAAAAUGGAUGAAACUUGCUCUUUCUCUGUCUUAAAGUUGAUCUGGUUGAUCUUACAUCAACAUCACUCUGAGACAAGAUGUUACUAAUUUUGACAGUUGGUGAAAGAAGGCCACCUUAGAGACUGUUUAUGUGUGAGGUACAGGAAAUAUCCUGAUCAUAAAUAACUCCAAGGUUCCUCAUUGUUGUGCUGAAAUUUAUUGGAAAAAACUCUUUAAUGUCAAAGUGAAAACAGAUUUCUAUAAAGUAAUGUUAAUGAAAGAAAUUUAUAGAAAUGAGAAUAAUUGUUUGCAUAAUUAUUCACCCCCUUCAAGUCAUUAUUUAGUGACCUUUGGCUGUGAUUGCAGCCAAAGGUGUUUGGCUGCAAUCACAGCAGUGAGUCUGUGUGGAUAGGUCUCAAUCAGUCUUGCACAUCUGCCCACUGCAAUUUUGCUCCAUUCUUCUUUGUAAAACUGCUCAAGCACUGUCAGGUUGCGCAGGUAUCGGGCAUGAAGAACCCUUUUCAAGUCCAGCCACAAAUUCUCUAUAGGAUUGAGGUCUGAGCUUUGACUCGACCACUCCAGAACAUUUACCAGGUUCUUUUUUAACCAUUCCUGUGUAGCUUUUGCAGUAUGUUUUGGAUCAUUGUCUUGCUGGAAAAUAAAUCUUCUCCCGAGAUGUAGUUCUCUUGAAGACUGAAAAAGAUUGUCCCUCAGGAUUUCAGUGUAUUUUGCAGCAUUCAUUCGGCCCUCUAUCUUUACAAGCCUUCCAGGUCCAGUUGCUGAGAAACAUCCCCACACCACCAUGCUUCACAGUGGAGAUGGUGUGUUUUUGGUGAUGUGCAGUGUUUGGUUUCCGCUAAACAUGAUGUCCUGUCUGAUGGCCAAAAAGCUGAAUUUUGGUCUCAUCAGACCAAAGAAUCUUCUUCCACUUGACCAUGGAGUCUUCCACGUGCUUUUUGGCAAACUCUCGUCGAGAUCUAAUAUGACUUUUCUUCAACAGUGGCUUUCUCAUUGCCACUCUCCCAUAAAGCUUUGACCGGUGAAGAACCCAGGCAGCAGUUGCUACAUGCACAGUCUCUCCCAUCUCAGCAGCUGAAGCUUGUAACUCCUUCAGAGUAGUUGUAGGGGUCUUGGUGGCUUCUCUCACUAGUCUCCUACUUGCACGGUCACUCAGUUUACGAGGGCGGCCUGAUCUAGGCAGAUUCACACAAGUGCCAUAUUCCUUCCAUUUCUUGAUAAUUGAUUUCACUGAACUCCGGGGGAUGUUCAGUACCUUGGAAAUGUUUUUGUAACCAUCCCCUGAAUUGUACUUCUCAAUAACCCUUUCCCUGAGUUGCUGAGAGUGUUCUUCUGUCUUCAUGGUGUAAUGGUAGCCAGGAAUACUGAUCAACCACUCUCUGGACCCUUCAGACACAGGUGUUUUACAACUCAGUCACUUGAAACACACCCACACCACUCAGGUGAUCUUCAUUUCACUAAUUGUGAGACUAUUGGCUACAAUUUGAUGGACCUCUAUUGAAUUAGACCAUUAAAUUAAAAAUUGGGUGAAUAAUUAUGCAAACAAUUAUUUUCAUUUAUAUAAUUUUCUUUCAUUAACAUUACUUUAUAGAAAUCUGUUUUCACUUUGACAUUAAAGAGUUUUUUUCCAAUAAAUAUUUUUGUUAAAAAAGCUAAAUUUUAUUGACCAUGAUUGAUUUAUGAAAGCAAUAAAAGGGUAAAACAUCAAAGGGGGUGAAUACUUAUGAUAGGCACUGUACAUCCACAAUGUGCAGGGUCAUUUAUUGAGUCCUUUUCGUGCAGUAUCUCCUGCAUAGAGUAGCAUCCUAGUGCCUGCCUCUCCUUGCAUGCAAUCUGAUCUGUUUUUUGUUUUGUUUUUUUGUGAGUUAGAUGAUAGAACAUUUAGUUUGAAAGUGGAAACUCCUUUUUAGGUCAUCAACAUUUCUACAAGUUCCCCAGCCAGAAAAUGCAAGAACUCUUUUGUGUUUUUAUGCAACAGGAAGGCUAUCCAGCUCUCACAUCCCAUUCAUUCCUGCACCUGUCCCCUUUCCCCACUUCUUAUUAGUCAGGGACUUAGGCUAUUAACAUCAUAGCAGUCCUAUAAAACAGCCACAAGGCAUUGAAAUGUUGAAGGAAAAAUCCUUGAAGGUUCUAGCUAAGCCUUGUCAUGUGGAUGUUUGGAAAUCAACAUCUUGGACACUAGUUCUAAUGUUUAUAGGCAACAGUUCGCAUUUGUUUUCCAUGCUUAGUCUACUAUUCAGUUCAAUUCAAUUUUAUUUAUAAUAAAAAAUUCAGAUUGUCUCAAGACACUUUACAGAACCCAUAGUUUCUUUCAUACAAUGAAGGCAGAGCGAUGGAGGAUCUGCCUGAUUUUUGUGUUUGAAGGCGUUCUUGGUUCCUAUCGCUGAUCUGACAGGCAGAUUGUGUAAAGGAGUGCACUUAUUUUUUCAGUGCUUUUUCUGAAGGGUUUUAUGAUGGAUAAAUAUUUUAAUUGGAGCUGUUUUGUUCCCUGUAUCAUGUCAACAGAGCGUUUGUGCUGACCAUCCUCUCUACAACCCAAACAGCAUCCAACACAGCUUAUUCUGCUAAUUUCCAUGGGUACGGCUUCAGGAGGUUGUAUCCUGAAUGUGUUUCCUUUUCCCACAAUGAUGUCUGCUGAUACAAAUUAGUAUUAUUACAGGAUCUGAGUAAUACCUCCACCACAGCCAGAGAGUAAGUGGUAGCUAUAGUGCUUUGCAAUAUAAUGAAAGUAUGGAUGAAUCCAAUACAUCAGAACUGUACUUCACUGCACUGCACCGGCAUCUCUUGUUUUCUGCAUAUUGAUUCAGUCAAAUGUUUUUCACACACACAUUUGGUUGCCUUAAAAUAUUGUCUUCAAGUGUCGUGUUACAUUUAAUGGCAUUGAAGAUUCAGUAAUACAGCACAAACAUCCAGCUGUAGUUUCUAAUAAUGCCCGAAGAGGGAGCCUUUUGCCAAGCUGUGCUGAGAGGUGUUCAAAGUGCAGGACAGAUGAGGUCCUUCCAUUUCAAGAGCUUUGAAGCAUGUGAGCUGAGCAGUGACAGAAAAUUCCUGUUAAUAAUUACCAUCUAAAGCAGUGUCAAUGUUUUGAUCAACAUAAAAAAAAACAUGAGAACAGAAAAGCACUGAACUACCUGGAUCUCUCACUGGUAAAGCAGACAGUGGGAUAAAUAAGUAUCUUCUACCUGUCUGGUGAACACUGUUCUGACCAAGGAAUAAAACAUAAAGACAUUGCAUUUUCCUUGAGAAAUCUCGGUAAAUAAAUGGCAAAUGGUUGCAUUUAUAUAGCGCUUUUAUCCAAAGCGCUUUACAUGAUACGUCACAUUCACCCAUUCACUCACCCAUUCACACACUGAUGGCGGAAGCUGCCAUGCAAGGCGCUAACCAUCUUGCUAAAAUAACAUUAUGCUGUCAAUCUGGCCCAAGCUUUAUGUAGAGUUUUAUAUGUAUUUUUAUUUAUUUAUUUAUAUUUAUAUUUACAUAUGUUUUAUAUGUUCAGAGCUGCAGGCAGAAAGAGAGUCUAAGAUGAUGUGAGUCACAAUGCUAUGGAAACCAACAUUUUCCACAGAUAUAUCCACCUGCUGAGAGAGCCCACUGUGGAAUUCACAAGAUUAUAUAACUGGAACAUUUUGUGAAGGAUGUACAGAGGGAAUUCCACAAUGCCUGUGUUUUAGCUUUUACUCCUUUUCUAUUAAUGCCCUGCUCUCCACCACA